GUCUCCGGAGAUAUCUGCCUUUGGGCCAUCCGAGGGAACCAUGCUGGGCAAUAUCAAGGAUCGUAUCUCUUCCGAAGAGACCCCCGGUCUUCCGCUUCACACCCAUGAUCACAAGCCUCAGUCGAACGCUCAAGCUAGGUUGUACACACUCUUCACAUUGUGUAUAUUCGGGUUCCUUGGAAGGAGCGUAUUUUGGACCACCCAUCAAGUAGCUUAUCAAGGCUCUGAAGAGAGCUUAACACCCUUAUCCGGUUCGCUUCGGAAUCCAGCAUAUCUCGUCAAAGCUGAACAUGGCGCUGUUGCAUCUGAAAAUAGACGUUGCUCAGAUAUCGGUGUUGGUAUCAUGAAAGAUGGAGGCAAUGCUGUCGAUGCAGCUAUCAGUGCUGCUUUG